AUGGUUCUCCAUUUCAAUCUUUCAUCUCUUUCUGAUAAUAUUACUUUGGAUGCUGUCGAUCUUCAUUCAUUCCGGAAUAUUUCUUUGAUUCGAUCAUCUGAUUUGACGGAACCUUCGUUGAAAUCAAUCAAGAUUCUCAAAGAGACCGUCGAAUUCAAAUUCGAGAAAUCUCUGUUUCCAGGACAAUAUUUGUUGACAAUUGGUGAAUACAAUGGUCGCAUCGGAAAUGCAUCAGAAGGACUUUUCGAGCGACGUCGCCCACUUCUCUACACUACUCACCUUCAACCAAAUCAUGCUCGAAGACUAUUCCCAUGCAUCGAUCAUCCAGCUGUCAAAGCUCUAUUCCGCUUAUCAAUUGUUCAUCCAACUGAUACAGUUGCUCAGUCGAAUACAAUUGCAAUGGAUGUUCAUGUGGAGAAUCGGAAAUGGCAGAGGACAAUCUUCCAGGCGACACCACUGCUUCCAGCGUACUUGGUUGCGUUUUCAGUGAUGCCUGAUACGAAUUUGCAGCUAUCCCGUCAAACAUCAUUUGGAGUGACUGUUCGUGUCAAUGGAGAGUCUCGUGGAAUCGUACUUCGUGUAUUGGAUUGUGCUCUUGCUAGUUUCGAGAUUUUGGCGGGAUUAAUUGAUGUUCCAUUGCCACUGAAUAAAAUCGAUUUCAUUCUUGUUCCGGAUUACGAUGGCGGAAUGGAAAACUGGGGACACGUUACAGUUUCGGAGACACUUGCCACUUCUGGGGAUGAUGCUCAUCUCAUUUAUUUGAUUGCCCACGAAAUAGCUCAUCAUUGGAUUGGAAAUCGUGCGACAAUCGAUUCGUGGAAUUGGAUUUGUCUUCAAGAAGAUCUUGCUGAUUGGAUGGCAUUGAAAGCAGUCAAAGCAUUGUUGACUGAUGAGAUCAGACUGCAAAGGUUCCAAUUGGCACAAUAUGUCGAAAUCCAGUUGGUUGAAGACUUUUUGAGUCCAGGGCAUUCAUUGUAUAUGCCUUCAAAGAUCAAUCAGGAAUUGAUCAAUCGUCACUGUUACCUGAAAGGAGUUGUCCUUCUGGACACACUGGAAUCAGUUGUCGGAGAACAAUUCAUGUAUUCAGUCAUCAAAUCACUAGUUGCAUCUCAUUCAACAUUCAAUUUGACAACAUUCACUUCAUAUUUUGAUCAGAUUCGUGUGGAUCGAAAUGCGACUGUUGGACAGAUCUACGAAUACUGGUAUACAACUGGAGGAUAUCCAUCAAUUCUUGUUGAAAACAAUGGCCCAUCAUCUCGUCUCCAACAACUCUCCAGACCACUCUGGCCUCUUAAAAUGACAUCAACUCUUUCGAUUCCUCAAUUUGUUUUCUCUGAAUCCAUCGUCUUCGCUUCUGAAUCCGCUCCUCUUCUUGUGAAUUUAAACUUCACUUCUUUCAUGAGAGUCAACUAUGAUUCACUCACAUGGACUGCUAUUUUCAAAUACAUGUUCGAAGAGCCCGAGCUGUUUUCAGCAGUUGGACGAGCUCAAUUGGUAUCCGAUUUCUGUUUUUUCUAUGCAAAUGAUGGUGUGGAGAAUGGAGUGAUUCUGAAAGAGGCUGUGGUGGAUAUGGUCUACUCGAAACCGGAGUUCUUCGAAUUGUGUGAUUGGAAUCUAUACUGGUGUCAUUCUCGAUCCGAUCAAUCACUUUUCUCCCAAAUCGUUCGUAGUCUGGCCCUCCGUUUCUCUUCUGCCACAUUCGAAUCUUCAUCUGCAUUCGGAUGUAAAAAUGGAAUGGCUGCCAGGAAUAUGAAUCAAUUUUGUGAGAAAAUAUUUGGAAGGAAGUGCAUUUAA